UUUUCUUAUUUUUUCUGCAAUAUUUAAGGCACGAGUAGAAAAGAAGCCGGGGUUUUUGUAAUAUACGGUCCGUGGUUUAUUUUACUUCAGCGAAACACAUGAGCGUUCUUUUCACGGCAUUGCUUCAACGGAAACAUGGUGUACCAGAGGUUUGUCGAGUUUGGGCGUGUUGCCCUUGUUAACAAUGGAGAUUUUUCAGGGAAACUGGUUGUGAUUGCCGACGUUAUUGAUCAAACCAGGGCCCUAUGUGAAAACCCUGUUAACGGUGUGCCUCGUCAAAUGAUGCGAUUUCAAGACUUAAAUCUAACAGAUUUAAAAAUAAAUAUCCCUCACGGUGCUCGCGGAGGCGCAAUUCGUAAACAAUAUGUAAAAGAAGAAAUAGAUGCCAAAUGGGAAAAAACAUCUUGGGCUAAAAAACUGAAAGCUCGCACAGCUAAAAGAAAUCUCAAUGAUUUCGGACGAUUCAAAGCCAAAGUUGAAAAACAAAGGAGGAAUCGCAAGAUAAAGGCAAUCGUCAAAAGUCUGAAGAAGAAGUAAUUGAUUGUUUGAAAAUACAAGCUACACAACA